UCCUUAUCGAAGGCACAAUGGCGACUGACGCGGCAGUGAGCAAAGAUGGGCUCUUCAUCCCCCUCAUCGACUUUUCUAAAUUCCUAAAUGGCAAUGCUCUUACUCGCCAAGAGACAGCCGAUGCCAUCCUCAACGGCUUCCAAGACGCCGGCUUCAUCUACCUCAAGAACCACCCCAUCUCCCAGGAAACCGUCAAGCACACGUUCAACAUGUCGGCAAACUUCUUCGCGCAACCGCUGGAGAAGAAAGCAGCACUGGAAUGGACGACUCCGCAGGCCAACCGCGGCUACGUCGCUCACGGGCGAGAAAAAGUCUCGCUGCUCAAGGACAACGCCGAGGUGGAAAAGGUGCGCAGCGCGGUGCCGGAUCUAAAGGAAAGCCUUGAAAUUGGCCGCGACGACGAAGAAGGGCAUCCGAACAACUGGCCUAGCGAAGAGGGCUCAUCCAUCGUGGGCUUCAGGGCGGACAUGUUGAGCUUUUUUGAGCAGUGCAAGGCGUUGCAUGUGCAGGUCAUGCGGGCUAUCGCGAUGGGCAUGGGGUUCGAGGAGAGCUUCUUUGAUCGGUUUGUUGAUGUUGGUGAUAACAACUUGCGGCUGCUGCAUUAUCCGGAGGUCAAGUCGGAUGUUUUCAACACUCCCGGGCAGGUUCGUGCCGGAGAGCACAGCGACUACGGAUCCAUCACUCUUCUUUUCCAAGAUGACCGGGGCGGUCUUCAGGUGAAGAGCCCCAACGGAACGUUUGUCGAUGCAACUCCCAUCGAAGGGACCAUCGUCGUCAACGCCGGCGACUUGUUGGCGAGAUGGAGCAAUGAUACGAUCAAGAGCACGAUCCACAGAGUGGUUGAACCGCCGAGGCGGGAGGGCGAAACGUAUCCUUCGCGAUAUAGCAUUGCCUACUUUUGCAACCCCAACUUCAAGGACCUGAUUGAGGUGCUGCCGGGAACGUAUGCCACUGAGCAGGAGAAGAAGUAUACCGGGAUCAACAGCGGCGAUUAUCUCGUCCAGAGACUCACGGCGACAUAUUGA